CAUAUAUUAUAAAUGGAUCCUAAAAGAGUGAAGAAAAAUUACAACUCCCUUACAAAAAUCCUUCAAAAGACUUCAGAAAUGAGUUACGACCAAGAAUUAGUGACAGGAUCCAAUUCUAAACUAACCAAGUGGUGCGAACUAAAUAAUUUCAAGAUUCAAAGAUGUGAGAACAAAGUUGACUGUGCAUUUGAGUCAUUUUCUUAUCUAAUUUAUUCGAACAUUGCCAAAGUCCCCCAAUGUAAAACUAAAUUAGUAAAUUACCUGAUCAAUCACUCGGCUAAGUUCGACCUUUUCUUGAAGCAAAACACUGAAUUUGAUGGAAUCGAUGCUUACCUAACUCAAAUCAAAACCAAAUCUAUUGACACUGCUUUAGAAUUUGUAUGCCUCCUAGCAGCCUAUCACCACAAUAUCAAAAUUCUUUAUUACAAUGGAGAAAGCUUGAAAGAGAAAUCUCUUUGCCACGGGUCGAAAAAUGCCAGUGAUGAUGCUUCCUCCAUGCUUCCUAGUGACCAGAACGAAGACAGCCUCACACUGUUUGUCACAGGACAUGAAUUAGUCCCUCUUCUCCACAUUGACGAAGAUGAUAGCGAUACAAACUCUGAAAAAUCUGCUGAACUGUUAAGUGCACCUAUUCUUCUCGAUAGACCUGAAGUCAGAGUUUCAGGUGGGCUCUCACAGAACGGAGAAGAAACAGAAAAUUCAAAACCUAAUGGCAAGAUUAACAAGCUCAUAGCUGAUGAACCCGAAGCAAAAUUCGCGAACGAUACUCCAACCAAGCAGGAAUUAUUAUUGAAAAAUGAAGAAGAUGAUGAUUCCUAUAUUCUUAAUGAUAUUUGGAAUAGACCUCAGGACGAUAGCGAUAAAAGAUCAAAUGACUCCAAUACUCCCAAAUUUCAACCAAAUUUAUUCUCACCUCCUAAACCUGCCCCAACGAAGAAAGAGGAAAGUAAUAAUAGUAAAAUGUCAAGAGAAAAUAAAAAGAAGAGAAAUAUGGCAAUGAGACUUGCUUAUCAAAAAGGAAGUGGAGCGAGAUCAGAUGAGCAAGCUUUCAAUGUCCAGAAAAGACACCCAAUUCUCAUGCAAAAUGACAAAAGAUCUCUUAUUGAAGAGGAAGUGAAAUCUAGUAGUAAUCUAAAUCUGAGCACAUCUUCUAGGUCUUAUAAACCUGGAGGACCAAAAUCACAGCACUCUUUUUACUCAAACCCAAGUGGCCCAAUGAGUGUUUCAUCUUCAUCAAACUAUCAGGCUCAAAAGUAUCCUAAUGGAAUACCCCCACAAUCAAAUUCUCAUUAUUUCUAUCAAAAUCCUACAGCAAAUGCAUUACAGAUUCCUCCACCUGGGCUGACUCAGAAAUUUCCUCCUAAACCAAUUCCUGACCCUUCAAGCCGACAUUUUGGGCCUCAAUACAACUAUUCAAUGGGGAUGAUACAAAGCCAGCCAAUGUAUCCUACAACAGCUCAGACUUCAGGAACUUCAAGUUUUGCUCCAACUCAGCCUAAGCCUCUCACUACUACUCCUAUGUAUACUAAGCCAUCGACCUUAACUAACGAUAGACCUUUGGAAGCAUCUAAAGAGCAAAAUGAAAUUGGAUCUGCAGUCAAAGUAGCAAACACUUCUGCAUCUUCUUCAAACAUGACCUCAGACACUACAAGUCCUCCUGCAGGAGAUCUUAUGGUUGGAACUGGCAUGCUCAAGUUUUUCAAUCAACAACACCAAUAUGGAUUCAUAGUCUAUGAUAAAGAUGGAUCAGACAUUUUCUUCCAUUAUGACGAUGUAAAACACACUCAGCUCUCUAAAGAGUUCCUCAGACACGCCACAGAAAAUUAUGAUGUGAGGUUCUCUUUCCAAAUCCUGGAUUAUAUAGGAAAAUACGAGUCGAGCAAGAAGGCAGUCAAUAUUAACUUACUUUCGAUCAUAGCUAAAUAAAUAGGAUAUUAAACAUCCGUAAGUAUUAGCUGUGAACAGUGAUCAUACUUUCACU